GAAAACACGCCCGCGCGCGAGUGUUAAACAACUUAUCGUCCGAAUUGACAAUCGAGUGAUCCUCGAGUGAAAUAUUUUUCCCCCAAACACACGCUGCUCCGAAACGUCAAAUCUCGCGUCCCGAAAGUGUUGUAAAACUUAAUCAAGUGCCUCGUAUCGCCUCGGUGACGCAGCGGAGCCGCCAGUGAUAUCACAAACCUGGCGAGGAAUUCCCCACUCCCCGCACUGACGAGCACUUGCUCAACGAGCUUUGAGGUUAUGUUGCUGACUGCUCCGCCUUAAACGAGCCAGAAAAAAGGAAGAUAAUGAUAGACAGAAUGAUUGAAAAACCGAGGAGUUUAAUGAGUAAACGUCAUUGAAGAGGUAUUCGAUGAUGUAAACAAGAUUCUCGAAGGGGAAUCGAUUUUCGGAGCUCCUUGAUCGCCUCACCUAACCUGCUGCUAGGCCUAGAUAUUUACAAAAGACCUAUGAUAUGGAUUUUAUAAGAUUAAGCAGAAAUAUCAGACGAUUUUCUUUUGCUGCCAGUGUGUGAUGUAAGUUGAUGCAGUCAUUAAUUCAUGAUUGCGACAUGAGAUUUUAUAUUGUUACACUGAGACUUACCCUGAGUGGGUGUUAAAGCAAGGAUUUGCAAUGGACGAACGCCGUGUAGCAGAUUAUUUUGUUGUUGCUGGUCUUCCGGCCCAGGAUGAAGACGAAGUAGUCCCUGACAUUGAGAAGAGAGAUGAAAAUGAGGGCAAGGGAGAGAAUGGCUGGAAGCUGGAGGAUUGGUGUCAAGAAGGAACCCAUGUCAAGGAUACAAACUUGCAAGCACCAAUCACCGACUUAGCCAUCAUUUUUCCAGCUUUCGGCGAAACCUGUCCAGAAGGAUUUAGUUUGUUAGAGUACACUGUUACAGGCUUCAAGGCGGAUUUGAAUCAUGGUAGUUUAAGGACCGAAGAGUGUUAUUUAUGUUACCGUAGAGGUAGAGAUAAGCCACCACUUGUUGACAUAGGUGUGAUAUAUGAUGGAAAGGAACGCAUCAUGAAAGAUGCAGAAAUCGUUAUGAAAACACCAACUGGCCAAGUAGCUAAUGUUAAUAAUUCUACUUCUAGAAUUUUUGUUACAUAUCGACGAGCAAGUAGAAAGAUGCCAUGUAAUUCCUUAGUUGUAACAGAUGUGUGCGUGAUUUUAGCAAACAAAGGAGAAAGUCCACCUCAUGCAUUCUGUGUGAUAAGUAAGAAUUUGAACAAAGGAAUGCUUGGUAGUGAUGUUUACCUUUGCUAUAAGAAGUCAAUGAACCGAGCUAAUUUGAUUUCGUUCAAGCCUGCAAUUUUAUACAAGUAUCCAACGACAGAUUAUGAUAGCUUCGGUUUUCCUAACUCUGUUGCCAUGUUUUGUUUGCCGAUGGGAGCAACUGUUGAAUGUUGGCCAAAAAUCGCAAGUAAACCAAAGCCAGUUUUUUCAACUUUUGUUUUAACAGUAGCUGAUGCUGCGCAGAAAAUUUAUGGAUCUGCAAUAACUUUUUAUGAGGAGGUCGUGCCUCCAGACAAUUGUAUUAUUGAAAAUGAAAUUAUAACAGAAAAUACAGAAGUUCCAGAGAAUGAAAUUGAAGAUACAACUGAACCGUCCGAGAUAAUAACCUCCAAGCCGCAACUGAAGAAGAAGGUCUUCAAGAAGUUUGGCAUCCUCAAAAAACUGAACCAAUCUCAGCUGGAAAAACUCCAGUUUACCGAUCCAUCCACUCAGUCCCUAAAUAUAAGCAAGUCCAUAUGUAUCCUAUCUCACUGGCCAUUUUUUGACACUUUCGAGCGUUUUCUCGUUUUUCUGCACGGCCUGGUCAACCGACAGCCGCAAAACGUGCCUAUCGAGAAGUACAUCUCGUACUUUCUCUGCGACAUACCUUUUCCCAGUCCUCAGCGUCCGCGGAUCUUCGUUCAGCUGAGCUCGCAGGAUCGUUUGAUACUCACGCAGCCUGAAGAUCUGGCUCUUCCCCGAUCCGGAGCCAGUUUUCGUCAGCUGCUUAUCAAUUUAGGAGCCGACAACUGCAUGUUGAUCCUCUUGUUGAUUUUGACUGAGCAGAAGAUCCUCGUUCACUCAUUGCGUCCAGACGUGUUGACCUCGGUAAGCGAGGCCAUCGCGAUGAUUCUUUUCCCGUUCAAAUGGCAGUGCCCGUAUAUUCCGCUCUGUCCUUUGGGUCUCGCGGAGGUCCUACAUGCGCCGCUGCCUUUCCUCAUAGGUGUGGACUCGCGCUUCUUUGAUCUCUACGAUCCGCCGUCGGACGUCAACUGCGUCAACCUCGACACCAAUAACAUCGCUAUUUGCGAUGACAAGAAGCACUUGAACAACAAACUGUUGCCCAAGAAGGCUGCGCGUAUGCUCAAGAACUCUCUGGAGAAGCUUCACUCGAAACUUGUCUCGAUCAACAAUGCUCACAUGCAGGAGCGUUGUGCGAGUACAGUCGAGGAUAAAGAUUUCAGUGUUGACAAAGAGUUCCAACAGAAGAGGAGAGAACAAACACUGGAGCUAGAGAUCCAAGACGCUUUUCUGAGAUUCAUGGCGCUGAUAUUGAAAGGAUACAGGGGAUACCUGUUGCCGAUCACGAAAGCGCCGACCGUGGGGACCACUGAUCCGACCAGCCUGUUUAAUAUUCAGGCUUUUCUCAGGAGUAGAGAUAAGAAUCACGCCAAGUUUUAUAGUAUGCUCGUUCGUACGCAAAUGUUCAUUAGAUUCAUUGAAGAACGAAGUUUUGUUUCUGACAUGGACAUGGCUGGCCUAGCUUUCUUUGACGAGUGUACAGAAAGAGUCGAAGAAGAAAAUGUUAUGUUACUGGAAUUGGACGAAUCGCAACACAGCGAAAGAACCGUUUUCAUCCCUCCACCAGAACCAGAUCCAAAUCAACCGCCCAUAUUGUACAAAACUUUCGAGUUAGAUUCUAAACUUAUGCGUCCCCAAAAAAAUUUUCAUUUGAGGAACGUCGCAUUGAAUACGUUCGGCAUAGCUCCUGGCAGCCCGAUGGCGCGUAGAACGAAGCACGAAAUAAAGGUAGCGCAGAGAAUGGCUCGUAAGCAGGCAGCACUGCCAGAACGUUGGGGGCGCUGUUUACUCAACACAUGUUAUAGUUUAUGGUUUUUACACUUGCCAGCAAUGCUGCAGGUGUCCAGCCAGCCAGCAAAUUUACUGCAUCAAGCUUACGAAUUGCUUGUAAAAAUGCAAAAAUUACGAUUAGAUCCAAUGGAAGAGGUUUGUUAUCGAGCAAUGAUGCAACUUUGUGGAGUUUAUGGGCAACCAUUACUUGCUGUCAAGUUACUAUUUCACAUGAAACGUAGUGGUGUUCAACCAAAUGCACUUACAUAUGGAUUUUAUAACAAAGCCGUCUUGGAAGCGACCUGGCCUUCAGACAUGACGAAUUCUAGCCAGUUGAUGUGGAACAAAUUGCGCAACGUUAUCGUGGGCGCUGCAUUGUUCAAAAAAGCUGGAAAGAAGAGCGCCAGAAGACGCCUAAGUUGUAAUAACGAGACUUUGCUCUCAACCGACGAUCUCAAAAACCAAAAUAUGGAACAUGCCGUAUCGCGGUCAAGUCUUGAUAGCACGCACUCACAGGACACCGAGACUGCACAUAGCGAUUCUCUAAAAGAUAGUUCAAUACCAGAUCUCCCGACGUUCGGACUUAAAGAAAAAAAGCAUCUUCCCCGACAAAAUAGCAUAGUCAAGGACACAGCGAUUCUCUCUGAUUCGCAACCAGAGGCUCUUGAUCGUUCGCCAAGUGAUCCUCGACUGGUAAGAAGCAUAGAAUCUCCGGUGAAGAGUCCAGUAAGAACGCCCGUCACUGAAAACGAUCCACUUGGCGCUCUGGCAAAUGACGACACGCCAAUAGUUUCGCCGUGCGAGGAGAACGACUCGAAUUGCUCAACGAGCACGCUGACGGUGUUGAACAACGCUAUCGAGGACAGCAGACCUGGUGGUCCUUUACUAUUUCGCAAUAAUAUCCUGCCACGAAGCGCAACGUUCCACCAAGCGGAGGAAGCUGGCGGAGGCGCGAGCGUGGGCGGACAUCUGCAGCGCAGUGAGACGAUGCCGCACUCGGUGCAACAAGCCGAGCAGGAACGUGAACGUGAGCGCCUGGAGCUAGGCAGUCUUUGGGCUCAGAAUAAAGACAGUGUGACCUCAAGCCUAUCAAGCAUUGGUUCGAGUCUCAAGCUCAGCUUCGGUCCGUCAAGUCUGACCGGCAAGAAGUCGAACGAGAUCAUCCUGGGUGGACUGAAUAGCCUCAAGUCUGCAGCGACGACGGUUGUCAAAAAGUUCGAUGAGAUCAAGGAGGCUAUCUCGGCUACGAGUACACCGGUGAAAUUGAAGGAACGGGACCAGCAGCGGAUGAAUUAUGGAGUAUCGCACGAGAGUCUCGACUCACUGACGGAUGGCUCGCAGCAGGAUCGGAAUGAGUUGACAGCUAGAAUGGCCGGGGAGGUAAGCGUAGAUUUAGGUUCGUUGUACGAACUUGCCGAGUGUCUAUACCCUAAGGGAUCUCGAGAACUGGAGGAACGUUUUGCGGUAGAGUUGAUCCUGUCAAGUGCCAGUCGAUGCCAUAACUGCUCAGCCAUCCUGUACGACGAGGAGAUCAUGGCGGGAUGGCAGCCCGAAGACUCCAACCUCAAUACCACAUGUCAGUUUUGCGACAAGGCAACCGUUCCAUUGCUUACAGUUACCAUCUUGGAUUAUAGAUGCGAGGACGGCGAAAGCAGCCACGACCCGUUGAUGGCUGGUCUCUUGCAAGAACCCCGCGAGCUGCCCGAACCUAUCAGUGUGCCCUACCUCAAUCCCCUGGUGCUUCGCAAGGAGCUCGAGAAUGUGCUCAGCCAGGAGGGCGACUCGUGCCUUACCAAACACAAGUUUAUCCAGGAGCAUCCGAUUGUCUACUGGAACCUCAUCUGGUACUACGAGCGCAUCAACCUCACCAGUCACCUGCCCGAGCUCUGGCUUAAUCGAGGCGACGCCACGAACGAUCCACUUGUAGCCAAUUGUCCACACGUAGGUGUGCGCACGUUGUGGGACAACGAAAAACUCCACAUGGACAAACUUCCGAUGUACAUGCAGUGGAAGAACAACAUCGAGGAUCGAACGUUCAUGCAAAAUGUGAUAACAUACGUGAGGCGUAACGAUCUGUCCGAGCCGAUUAAGCGAGUAGCACUGGAGCGCAAUAGGAAUCGUAGCACCGAACAAACGCCGUUCUCCAUUUAUCGAGACAUCCUCUUCUUGGCGUUCACUGUUCUCGGAAGAGGAAACAUUGAUCAAGGGGCCUUUGAUCGCGAGUACGCGCUCUCUCUAGAGAAGCUGACGGAAGGCGAGGAGUCGCUAUUGUGCUCGAUCGAUGCAGCUCCACUGCUGAUGACGCUUUAUUGCCGGCACUACUUCAAGCAACUGAACGUCUGAUUGUUCUUGUGCGUGCAGAUGGAAUGCGAGUACGAGAUGCUGUGCAAUAUAUAAGAGAAGAAAGAGAAACUUCUUCUUCGUGUUUCGAUUGCCAGGACUGGAACAUACAACCGAGAGGGUACGAAGACAGGAAGGAAGAAAAACCGCGAAUUUGUACGAAGCGCGCCGCGCGCUGCAGGAGCCACACAAAUACACACCUCAACGCGAAGAAUCUGUUUUGCGUCAGUGCGAGCCGCGAUGGAGUAUAUUUUUUGAAAGGGGCAACUCGUCGAUGACUUUGGCAGCGCGCGGUUCGACGAAGGGGGAGAGCGAGAGAAAGAGGAAGAAUGUGUGAGAGAGAGAGAGGGGGGGGGGGGGGAGAGGAAGUGCAGAGCGAGAGAGUGAAAAAGUGGCGAGCAAAACCGUGAUCAAAUGUAACACGCAGAUGUUUAAAGUCGACUUUGAGAGGCUUCAAGCGAUGAAGCCUUUCUUAGGUUAUACAAAUAAAUAAAGUUAAAGUAUUUUAUAAA